AUACCUUAUCUAUGAGUGAAAAUGACAUUCUCCGACUUAAUGUCCGAACAUAUAAUUAUAAUAAAUAUUCAAUAUCAGUAUCUUUGAGUAGAAUUUGUAAUAAAUCAUUUUCCUUAUCUUGAGGGUCAACUCAACACUAUGGCCAACGGUACAAUCAAAUGUUCAGCAAAUUAUGUUCCACUUUCUCCCAUUAGUUUUCUGGAGAGAUCAGCGAUUGUUUACAGAGACAGAAUUUCUCUUGUUUAUGGAGAUUUGGAGUUCACUUGGAAGCAGACGCAUGAGAGGUGUCGCCGCCUCGCCUCCGCCCUCAGCCGCCGCGGCAUUUCCCGCGGCGAUGUUGUUGCUGCCUUGGCUCCAAACAUUCCAGCAAUGUAUGAGCUACAUUUUGCUGUUCCAAUGGCUGGAGCAAUCCUUUCCACGCUCAACAUACGCCAUGAUUCCGCGAUGGUGGCCGUGUUGCUCACACAUUCGGAAGCCAAGCUCAUAUUUGUCGACUACCAGUUUCUUGACGUUGCCAAGGGCGCGUUCAAGAUCUUGUCCGAGAAGGGCAUCCCGUUGCCUUCUCUAAUCUUGAUCCCAGAGCCUUAUGAUUCAGUUUCUGGAGCUAAGGCAAUGGCGGAAGUGACAGAAUAUGAGUCUUUACUAUCAUCAGGAGAGAAUGAGUUUGCGGUAGUAAGGCCGAAUGAUGAGUGGGACCCUAUCUCUCUGAACUACACCUCAGGCACAACGUCGAGCCCUAAAGGUGUUGUUUUUAGUCACAGAGGAGCCUAUCUGAAUUCCAUGGCUGCGAUUCUGCUUAAUGAGAUGCAAUCCAUGCCCGUCUAUCUAUGGACCGUGCCCAUGUUCCAUUGCAACGGCUGGUGCCUGACUUGGGGUGUGGCUGCACAAGGUGGAACCAAUAUAUGCCUUAGGAAUGUCACAGCGAAGGGGAUAUUCGACAGUAUAGCCACUCAUCGAGUCACACACAUGGGCGGUGCUCCUACGGUCUUGAACAUGAUAAUCAACGUGGCAGCUAGUGAGAGGAGGCCUCUUCCAGGAAGGGUAACGGUAAUGACGGGUGCUGCACCACCGCCUCCUCAGGUGCUCUUCGAGAUGGAGGAACAAGGAUUCAACAUCACUCACGCGUAUGGCCUCACAGAAACCUACGGACCCGGGACAGUCUGCACUUGGAAGCCGGAGUGGGAUUCCUUACCUCUUGAAGCCCGAGCAAAACUCAAGGCGCGUCAAGGAUUGCAGCAUCUCGGCUUGGAGGAGCUCGAUAUCAAGGAUCCUGUCACUAUGCAGAGUGUGCCUCGAGAUGGGAAGACAAUGGGUGAGGUGAUGUUUAGAGGAAACACCGUGAUGAAUGGUUACUUGAACAACGUUGAAGCAACCCAAGAGGCUUUCCGAGGAGGAUGGUUUCAUAGUGGAGACUUGGGCGUGAUGCAUUCCGAUGGCUACAUAGAGCUGAAAGAUCGGUCCAAGGAUAUAAUCAUCUCCGGAGGGGAGAAUAUAAGCACGAUAGAGGUGGAGUCGGUGAUCUUCAGCCAUCCGGCCGUUCUUGAAGCUGCUGUCGUGGGAAGGCCGGAUGAGCAUUGGGGCGAGACGCCUUGUGCAUUCGUGAAACUCAAGGAGGGUUAUGCUGUCACCGCGCAGGACAUCAUCAACUACUGCCGCGACAGGUUGCCUCAUUACAUGGCACCGCGGACUCUAGUCUUCGAGGAGUUGCCGAAGACCUCGACCGGAAAGACGCAGAAAUUCUUGCUCAGGGCAAAAGCCAAAGCUAUGGGUAGCCUUUCCCAAAAGAGCAAGAUGUAACAACAUUGGUAAGCUUCCUUGUAUGUUGGCAUGGUUGUUGCUGAAAAUCCAUCUUCUUCAAUCAUGUUUGUCUGAAAAGAAAACCAUGUUGGUCCGUAAACUCUCUUCUUCAAGUAUGAAUAAUGAAUACAAAAUUGCAUAUUUAUGAGAUGGAA